UCACAGUGCGGAACACUUCCGCGUUCUGCUCUGGCCUCCUAUAUAAGCGCGCUGAUGUAACUCUCGCCCGAGAUCUUCCACAGCAGGAAGGAGGUCUAAGAAGUAGCUGGAGAGCUUCACCCCCGGAGAUCAUUCCAGAGUGAUGAUGCCGACUCUCUCUCCGUUCGAGGGGUUUCCCGCCUCCACACUGAGCGAGCAGCUCAAACUGGCCGAGUUUUUCAGCCUGCAGGCCGCCAUGACCCCUGGAGAGCUCACACACACCGCCAAGAGACCACUCAGCCUUCUGCAGAGCGAGUUGGCUGAUGAAGAAGAGAGGAGGAAGAGAAGAAGAGAGAAGAACAAAGUAGCAGCAGCACGUUGUCGCAACAAAAAGAAAGAGAGAACAGACUUCCUCCAACAAGAGUCGGAGAGGUUGGAGGUUGUGAACUCAGAGCUGAAGUCUCAGAUCGAGGAACUGAAGCAGGAACGUCAGCGCCUCGUCCACCUGCUCAACCGCCACCGCCCCACCUGCAUCGUCCGCACAGACAGCAUCCAGACACCAGAGAGCGAGAAGAACCCUCUGCUGGAACACAUCUCUCCAUCGUGAGACGUUCUUCAGGUCCUACGGGAGGAUGGCGUGGAGAGCUCACUUUCUUUGUGGAACUUUUACAGAUUACACACUCGGACUCUGGAUGCUUGUUGCCAAAUUUUCUGAGACGUCAGGAGACACUGGGAGGUUUAUAUCCUCAGACCAAAAAAACUAAACAAACCUGCCCUCUUCCUGUUAUUAUGGGAUGCUCAUAUCACCGGGAUGAGAUGCAGACCGAAGCUUUGGACACCUGAGGAUUUGUUUGCUUGCUUUUUUUUAAUUUAUAUUUACAGCUACCUAUAAAAGAGAAAAAUCUGUUUAAUUCCCCUUUAAUUUUCUCCUCAAACCUGAGAUGUGUGAAGAACUGGAAGUCUCGCAUAGUGACUCGACAUGACAAAUAUUUCCCCAUAAAACAAAGACGCUCAAGAGAUGGAGACUGAGACGAGACAAUCAAGGGCCUGAGAUGAAGGCUCAUGAGGCGAGACGCUCCAAAAAGUCUUCACUACAUGAUGAAGGGAUUGACAUGGAGAUGAGAUGCUCACAAAUGACAGUGUGAACUCUAUUUCUGUUCUGUUUCAGUGACCCCUUCUUGUUUUUGUUUAUUUUUUUGUUUUGCUUUUUGUGUGCACUGACUUCCUGUUUCUAUGCUAAGAAACAGGAAGUCCCACAUCUUGCCUCGUGAAUUUAUCAGCGCAGUUUUACGAUGUAUUGCGAUCUGGAAUUUCAGAUCAUCACUACUUUUUUGUAAGAAAAGAUGUCCGACAGCUCGGUCACUCCAAACCAACACCUCUCUCGUGCUGUGGUACAUGCUAGCUAGCGUGCUAAUCAGGUAAACUUCCUUCGUUACUGGGCCAACGAUUCACUUGAGCUUCCACCACGUGUCCGGAUGAGUAGGACUCGGUCACGUGACUGAACUAACGCUGUUUGACCUCCAGAUGGCGCUGUUGCUCCUGUACGUGUGAGCAGUGUUCGUAUUUAAUUUUUUUUUUUUUUUAGAUUGAAUGAAUAUUUAUAUAAUUUUAAUAGAAUUGGGAAUGAAGUAAAAAAAAAAAUCACAGGCUUUAUUCACGCAGAGGUAAACAAAUAUUCAAAACUUAAAUUAUAUAUAGUAUAAUAUAUAUUUUUAUAAAUCUAUAUAUAAAUCUAAAAACAUUAAUUUUAAUGUUUAGGAUGAUGUAGCUUUACCGCCCCCUGGUGCCAAUAAACAGUAUCACGCUCCUUCAUCUAGAUCUUUCACUCUGGCUUCAGUAGGACCCCAGUGUCUUAUUCGUGUGUGUGUGUGUGUGUGUGUGUGUGUGUGUGUGUGUGUGUGUGUGUGUGUGUGUGUGUGUGUGUUUUGUACAUGCUGAAUGAUGGAGUGUGUCGGACCUGAACGCUCCAUGAAACACUUUUAUACACUCACUUGAUGUGAAGAAUCUCUGUAUUAUUAUUAUUAUUAUUAUUAUUAUUGUUAUUGAUAGGAGGAGAGACCUGCUGGGCGGAGUCUCUCACAUCCAUCUGUUACACCGUUAUGACUUUUUGUUACGUUUUGGGAUGGAAAUAAAUGAAAACAUGGAA